UUAGGAGUGGCCUAAAAACCCCAGAGAAAUGUUGACUACAUUUGUAUAAACCCAGCAGAUGGAUUUUCACUCCCAACUUUAAGAAGGAAUGCAAAGAGAGAAAAAAAAAAAGUCUACCAAAUUACCAAAUCCGGGAUUAAACUAUAUAUUUGAAAGAACAGCCCACAUUUAUUGAGUUCUUACCAUGUGUCAGGCAUUACGCAAUGUUUUUUAUAUGCAUUGCCACCUCAUUUUAUUUUCCUUUUAUUUUGACAACAUGCCUAUGAGAUAGGAAAUAGUAUCACCAACCCCAUUUUACAGAUGAGGGAAGGAAGGCUGAAAGAAAUAAAACAAGUCACCUAAGGUAACAGAUGGUGGCUGGCAGUGCCUGACUGGAAUCCUAAUUAGCCUACCAGCCCUUCUAAACCACUCCUCUUCAGGAGGCCAGAUUACAAAGAAUUCUGGUUCCAAAGAGAAAAAUAAACUAGAAUAUGGAUAAUUUAAAAAACGGAAUACAAAGCAGUUUCAAAAACAAUGUGAUACCAGCCAUUCAAAUUAAAAAAGUAAAAACACUGGAAAACCAUUUUCUUUUUUCUCAAAAAGGCCAACAUUCUAGACAUUAUGGGUGGGUUAACUCAUUUCAUUAAAUUAUGAAUUUGCUUUUCAGUUAAGUGUCUCAUCACUGUCACAGCUCCGAUGUGUCCUUUCCUGUUUUCCAACUUCAUCUCGGCCCAAAGUAAGAAAUGAUUCGGUUUGCGUGUAAUCCACGGGACCCAGGGAGGAUCUUCUGCCCCUUUUGUUUUCUUGGGUGUCCUCACUCUGGAGGCCUGGCAUUCCUCACGUGUCUAGGGCAAUGCAGGAGCAGCGAAGCGCGGGGAAGCCACACAAAAGACAUCCAACCACUAUCAAUGUUGAAAGAUCAAUUCAGGGCGCACACGAAACACCCAGUAUGACCAGGAAAAGAAGAAAAAAUACCUUCUCCCAGAGAGUGAGAAACUGGUUGACCUCUUGUGAGUGUCCACAAAAACUGAGCAGGUGCGCACAUUUUGACCGACUCAGCAAGAAGGUGGAUUUUCCUUGUGUCUAAAGAGAAAAAAAUGUCCCCGUGUCUGUAGAGAUGCUUUGCAGUUCAGCCCGGCUGAAGCUGACCGAAUGAGACUAUGGGCUGUGCCUCUGCGAAGCAUGUUGCCACUGUUCAAAAUGAAGAGGAAGCCCAGAAAGGGAAGAACUACCAGAAUGGAGACGUGUUUGGUGAUGAGUAUAGGAUCAAACCCGUGGAAGAGGUCAAAUACAUGAAAAAUGGGGCAGAAGAGGAGCAAAAAAUAGCAGCCAGGAACCAAGAAAACUUGGAAAAAAGUGCCAGUUCAAAUGUAAGACUUAAAACUAAUAAAGAGAUUCCGGGAUUAGUUCAUCAACCCAGAGCAAACAUGCACAUCUCUGAAAGCCAACAAGAAUUCUUCAGAAUGCUGGAUGAAAAAAUUGAAAAGAAAAUGUUUGAGUUCCUGAAGUGGCCUGAUUUCCUUGGCCCCAGAACUAACCUAGUUGGCGAGAAACUUGGGUACAACUUGCCCACCUUAGCCAUGUCCUGGAAGAGGAAGGAAGCCAAAUGGACAUGUUCUUCCCAGCCAUGGGCCCGGGACACCCACUCCUCACUGCUCUCUGGGCCUUUUCUCCCUCAUAUGUAGCUAGUUCACUCUUCUGUGCCUUCUGCGGGCAGGGACAUGCCAUCAGUAACUGCAGUCCUCUCCCUGGCCAAAUGCAUGUGCUUCCUAUUCUGAAAGCAAAGAGGAAGGAAAGGGAAGGUGAGCACUGUGGUCUCUGUGAGCAGCACUAUUUACAAUAGCCAGGACAUGGAAGCAACCUAGGUGUCCAUCAACAGAUGAAUGGAUAAAGAAGAUGUGGCACAUAUAUACAAUGGAAUAUUAC